AUGCCUCCAAACGCUUGUACUAUGCCAGCUGAAAGCUCGCACGGGAUUGGAUUUGGGUCAAGGAGGUCGAAAUCGGGCAUCGCUAAAGAUAACAUAGUCGACAUCGACGAAGUGAUAGAGCUGAGUUCGACGCCUAGAAAGGGCACUUUUCUUGUUGAUGUGCGGAACAAGCACGAGAUGGAUUAUGGCAUUAUUCCUUCGGCUGUCAACAUACCUUUACCUGAGUUAAUAGAGGCUUUGCAACUGGAUGAUGAAGAUUUUGAGAAUGAAUACGGUGUCAAGGUAGGCUUCGUGUUUGUUGUCCUUGGUCGGGAUGCUGAGUCUUGA